GGUGACAGCAGCAUGACUGUCUGUCUGGGAGACUCAAGUCUCUCUGUACCAGAGGCUUUUGAUCUUUUAGCUCUCUCUCACCGUAGCAGACGGGAAGCAGACGGAACACAACCUGGUCUCUGUCUCUCUCACUCCUAGGCCAGGACCCUCACAGGGUAAGAUGUUUAUCAGUUAUAUAUGCACUGCUUUUAUCAAUUAUUAGGAUGAACUAUCAGUUUAAUUAUUAUCAAUUAAAACAUGCUCAAUGAAGUUUGACUUGUUUUGGUUAUCUUUUAAUCAGUCUUGUGUGACAUUUUUUCUUUGUGAGGUGAUUCCAUGUGAUGUUACCAUUUCAUACAGUUAUAGUAAAUGUAAAAAUGAUGUUUUCUUUAUUUCAUAAUGAUAGCAUGUCCUUUUUAUUUUUCAUGGAUGAUAGUUAUACUGAUAGAUAAAUAGACGAUUUUACUUUCAUUGCCACAGGUUUGCAUAUAAACCUAUUUGAUUUAUGCUAUUAUUUGAUAGCUCAGUGAUAAAAGAAAAGAUCAGUUCGCACACACACUGCCAAAAUGAUCAGGCAGGCAACUAUGUUUGUAUUAAAGAGAGUACUAAGGCCUACUAUGUGAAUGUUGUUUCAGAUUCUACACCAAUAGCAUACAAAAGCACUAAAGUGGCUCAAUAAACAUCAAAAAUGAGUAUUCUCAAGAAGAGUAUUCUCAAGGAGAAGAAGAUCAGUAAGUUGUUUAUUGUUGUAUGUCAAUGCUGAUUCAGCAUUAUGACAGACUUCCUAUGAUGCCUCUAUAUGAUAUGUAACCAUGCCUGAAAGCCCCAGUAGCUGCAUAUACACAUACAGUUGAAGUCGGACGUUUACAUACACCUUAGCCAAAGACAUUUAAACUCUGUUUUUCACAAUUCCUGACAUUUAAUCCUAGUAAAAAUUCCCUGUCUUAGGUCAGUUAGGAUCACCACUUUAUUUUAAGAACGUGAAAUGUCAGAAUAAUAGUAGAGAGAAUGAUUUAUUUCAGCUUUUAUUUCUUUCAUCACAUUCCCAGUGGGUCAGAAGUUUACAUACACUCAAUUAGUAUUUGGUAGCAUUGCCUUUCAAUUGUUUAACUUGGGUCAAACAUUUCUGGUAGCCUUCCACAAGCUUCCCACAAUAAGUUGGGUGAAUUUUGGCCCAUUCCUCCUGACAGAGCUGGUGUAACUGAGUCAGGUUUGUAGGCCUCCUUGCUCACACACGCUUUUUCAGUUCUGCCCACAAAUGUUCUAUAGGAUUGAGGUCAGGUAUUUGUGAUGGCCACUCCAAUACCUUGACUUUGUUGUCCUUAAGCCAUUUUGCCACAACUUUGGAAGUAGGCUUGGGGUCAUUGUCCAUUUGGAAGACCCAUUUGCGACCAAGCUUUAACUUCCUGACUGAUGUCUUGAGAUGUUGCUUCAAUAUAUCCACAUAAUUUUCCUUCCUGAUGAUGCCAUCUAUUUUGUGAAGUGCACCAGUCCCUCCUGCAGCAAAGCAUCCCCACAGCAUGAAGCUGCCACUCCCGUGCUUCACGGUUGGGAUGGUGUUCUUCGGCUUGCAAGCAACCCCCUUUUUCCUCCAAACAUAACGAUGGUCAUUAUGGCCAAACAGUUCUAUUUUUGUUUCAUCAGACCAGAAGACAUUCUCCAAAAAGUAUGAUCUUUGUCCCCAUGUGCAGUUGCAAACCAUAGUCUGGCUUUUCUAUGGUGGUUUCGGAGCAGUGGCUUCUUCCUUGCUGAGCGCCCUUUCAGGUUAUGUCGAUAUAGGACUCGUUUUACUGUGGCUAUAGAUACCUUUGUACCUGUUUCCUCCAGCAUCUUCACAAGGUCCUUUGUGUUGUUCUGGGAUUGAUUUGCACUUUUUGCACCAAAGUACGUUCAUCUCUAGGAGACAGAACGCGUCUCCUUCCUGAGCGGUAUGACGGCUACGUGGUCCCAUGGUGUUUAUCCUUGCAUACUAUUGUUUGUACAGAUGAACGUGGUACCUUCAGGCGUUUGGAAAUUGCUCCCAAGGAUCAACCAGAUUUGUGGAGGUCUACAAUUUUUUUUCUGAGGUCUUGGCUGAUUUCUUUUGAUUUUCCCAUGAUGUCAAGCAAAGAGGCACUGAGUUUGAAGGUAGGCCUUAAAAUACAUCCACAGGUACACCUCCAAUUGACUCAAAUGAUGUCAAUUAGCCUAUCAGAAGCUUCUAAAGCCAUGACAUAAUUCUCUGGAAUUUUCCAAGCUGUUUAAAGGCACAGUCAACUUAGUGUAUGUAAACUCCUGACCCACUGGAAUUGUGAUACAGUGAAUUAUAAGUGAAAUAAUCUGUCUCUAAACAAUUGUUGGAAAAAUUACUUGUGUCAUGCACAAAGUAGAUGUCCUAACCGACUUGCCAAAACUAUAGUUUGUUAACAAGAAAUGUGUGGUGUGGUUGAAAAACGAGUUUUAAUGACUCCAACCUAAGUGUAUGAACACUUUCGACUUCAACUGUAAGAUAGUACUUUACAUGUAUUUUGGGUCCGUCUAGCUAUCACCUGAAAGGGCCUACUCUGAUAUCACUUCUAAGUACAAGUAGAGUAAAUGCCUUAUCAGACAGAUUAGUGGUUAAGAGCGUUGUGCCAGUAACGAAAUGGUCGCUGGUUCUAAUCCCCGAGCCGACUAGGUGAAAAAUCUGUCGAUGUGCCCUUGAGCAAGGCACUUAACCCUAAUUGCUCCUGUAAGUUGCUCUGGAUAAGAGCAUCUGCUAAAUGACUAACAUUUAAUUUUAACCCAUGUAAAAUGUCUAUAAUCAAUUGACAAAGUUUGGUUUUGUGUAUGUGUGUGUCAGAAUUCGACGAUGUCGAGGAGAGUGCAACGCAGGACAGCUCGAUCGGGGCAGUACGAUGGGAACUGCCAGAAGAUCUACAGACUCACAACUCAGCACCUACCUCCAAUAAACAAACACUCAGCAGCAAACCAUCCAGGCAAAAGGUACAGGAUGGACAUUAGAGUCGGAGCAAGAGGGAGAGAGAAAGAGAGAGAUUGAGAAUAAAUUAUAUGGAUAGUGAAAGUGAGAGACAGUGAAUUGACAGCUUGAUUUUCUUUUUUGUAUCUCUUUCCUUAUAGAGCCUAAAGGACAUGCGUAGCCUGCAGGACUGUGUUAGAUUCAUCACACAGUGGAAACAACAGGUGGAGGUCGUCUGCAAGGUAGGCCUGAGACAAAAUAUUUAAGAAUCAAGGUAGGCCUGAGACUAAAUAUUUACGGUCUGCAAUGUAGGCCUGUGACUAAAAAUAUUUAAGGUCUGCAAGGUAGGCCUGAGACUAAAUAUUUACGGUCUGCAAGGUAGGCCUGUGACUAAAUAUUUACGGUCUGCAAGGUAUGCCUGAGACUAAAUAUUUACGGUCUGCAAGGUAUGCCUGAGACUAAAUAUUUACGGUCUGCAAGGUAGGCCUGAGACUAAAUAUUUAAGGUCUGCAAGGUAGGCCUGAGACUAAAUAUUUAAGGUCUGCAAGGUAGGCCUGAGACAGAGGGUCUGUCUGUGCUGGGCCCUACUGUAUAAGGUUUGGUUAGGUAGGCCUGAGACUUAGGGACUGGGUCCCACGUUGGGCCCAAAUCCUUUGUUGUUUGUAUAUUUGUAUAUUUCUUGAUCAGUCUUUAUUGGGAUGUAGAGAUCUAUCAUAUGUGUAGGAGUACUGAAACACUGUAUGGGAGGUGGCGUUCUGUUGUAGGGUAAUGUAGAUUGACAGUUGAAAUCAUCAGUUACCUCUAGGUAUACACACGGUAUACUGGUAUGUAUAACACCUUAUAUACUGAGUAAAUGAGGCAAGAAGAGUAUAAAUUAAUCUCUGUUUUUGAAAGCUUUGUGGUUGUUGAGCAGAUUCUAUUGAAACACGUGUCAAAUUCUAUUGAGUCACGUUCUGACUAAAAUGAGACUACUCAGCGUGAUGUCUUAGUUUGUUAUGGAUUAUAAUGGAGUUUAUUUCAUGCUGAUAGAACAUGAAUUUUCUGGUUAUAGAUUUGUCAUUAUGGUUUCCUGGUUGAGUUCUUUCUUUGUCUGGUUUGAUCUGCUUAUGGACAGUAAAUUACUUCACAUCAUUUGAAGAAACUAAAUGCAAUCACUAAAUUAAAUCACUAAAGGAAAUCAUGCUUUGUUUUGGAUUUGAUCGUUUGAGCAAAAUAUUAUGCAUCAUAUUCUAUCUACAGUGUAUGUAUGUCGGUAUGGCAUGUUUAUCAGUUAACCUUUAUCCUGAGCCGUAAUCCAGAAUGGCCUUUGACAAGGAAAUAGAGCCUUCACUGUUGUUGUUUUAUGGGACUUUCAUAAACGUUGCUCUGGGAGACCUUAUGUCAUAAAUCCAUGGAUCACGGUGGUUGAUAAAAAACUGUAUAAUUCUUAUGACAUAAUUUACCAGUCCUUAGAUAAACUAAAUGUGGAAUAAGAUACUGGAUCUAAAUUUGGUGGGGGAGAUGCUACAUCAGGUCAUUGGGACAGGAGUGGGUGUGGUUGUUGUGGGCUGACAUAUGAAUGGGAAGAAGCUUUGGGGCAAAUUACGGAAUUUCUUGCAAACCUGGGUUCAAAUACUAUUUGAAAUCAUUUAAAAUACUUUAUCUGUGCUUGAUUGAGCUUGCCUGACUUAAUGCACCAAUAGAAUAGUCACAAAACUGUAAACCCCACCUAUCUAGCAGGCUAGAGGAAAUGCUCAAAUAGUAUUUGAACCCUGGUCUGAUGUCUUGAAUGGAGUGUAAAUGACAGUUUUGUUAUUGUGUGUUGUUCUGCAGCUCAGAAAGAAUGUCAGAGUGGACCAGCAGAGCGUACAGAGUCUGGAACAGUGUCGAAAACUCAUCCUCCAAUGGGCAGAGGAGUUGAAGAGAGUGGACACAGUGAGUGGGUUACUAACAAUAUUCUCACGAAUCUCAUCUCGAGCUACUUGCAUAUUCAUACUGUAAAAUAUGGAUGCUGUUGACUAGGACAAGACAGAUGAAGUGGAGGGGGGAAGUGAUCUCCUAUACUUUACUAUGAUGUGAAUUAAUGAAACCAGGAUGAUCAAUUGAGAAUCCAUGAAUCUUACUCAUAACAAUGAUUUAUUUCACAAGAUAAUGAGACACUGAUACAAACACAGUAAUUGGCUAUACUUCAUAUGUUUUUCCCUGUCCCACAGAGUUCCUGGAUACAGGAGCGAGGUGACUUCGUAGACCUGGAGAAGAACAGGGAGGAUCUUGACCCCUCCACACAGGCAGAGCAGAGGAUCAUGGAAUGGGCUAAGGAGCUGCAGAGUGUCACAGAGGUGUGUGUGUUCUUGCCAGUCAUAGCCAUCAUUGCUGAUUUAUACAUAUCAUUGGUGUAGGUAGAGGUUGCCUGAUCUAGGGUCAGAGUCAGUCUCAGUGAGAUUAAAUCAGUUAAUGAACCUUGCACUGUUUGUGUCCAUUCAGAGAUGUGGUCUGAUGAGGGAUGAGCUGACCCAGAUGCUGAGACGGCUGGAGCUGAAUAAAAAGAAGCUGGUGACCCUCCUCCCCUUCCUGGAGUUCAUCACCUGGUCUCUACUGAAGGAAGAGGACAGCAGCACGGUGAGGCACACAGCCCUAACCCUAUGUUCAAUCCUAACCCUGACCCUAACCACAACCCUAGCUUCAUGUCCACAUACUGGUUCAACCCUAACCAUAACCCUGCCACCCACACAUUUCUCUCAAUCUUUGUAGGAUCCAGUCUUAUUAAAUGUCUUUACAAUUUCAAGCUAUGAUUGGUACCAUCUACCUUUUUCAAAUGCAACACACACAAUUUGAGUUAGGUUUCGAUUCACCUAGAAUAUUGUCCUCGGAUAACAUUGUGUCAACCAAAAGAGGAGGACGGCUCCAGAUAAAGCUCUUAUGCAAGCAGUGAUAAGGCAGCCGCCUAAUCAAAGGGGCUAUAGACUAGCCAAUAUAAAUCGUUAUCAGAUCAGAGACAAACCAUCAGCAAUACUUCAUGCUGACCUUUCUAUUACCUACAGUUGAGUCAACCGUUUUGGAAUGGAAUACUACCCUCUAGAACUGCCCAUUGGUAAAACAGUGCCUCCUUUAUUACUCCUGGUCAUGCCCUCUGGCCCCUGCUCUCUUUCUCUAUCAACCACUGGCAUUGCCCCAAUUCUGACGCAACCCUUCUCUUUGCUCCUCCUAUAGGGUAUCGUUCCCCAGCUAUGGCUGGCUAUGAAACAACGCACCUGGAAAACAGGUAUGUUCGCCCCCUCCUAACAUCCAAAUCUUUUUGCUUUCUGGCUGUGAAUGUUUGAAAAGUGUCAUUAUUUUAACAUUUGAAUGUUAUAGAGGUAUGUUAUCGUCUUCUUCUCCUGAAUUGACAGAAACGCCUAAGUACAUCCCAAACUCAGUGUGGAACUGGAUCUGCAGUGCUUCAGGUAAUUAUGCUUCAUUUGCUGCAUUUCAUAAUUCAGUACAGUGUUUACCAACUCUGGUCCUCAAGUACUGCCAACAGUACAUCUUUUUGCUGUGGCCCCAGACACGCACACCUGAUUCUACUUGUCAACUAAUCAUCAAGCCCUUGACAAGUUGAAUCAGGUGUUUUUGUCUGUGGCUACGACAAAAAUGUGUGCUGUUGGGGGUACUCGAGGACCGGAGUUGGGAAACACUGCAGUACAGUGACAUGAAAAUGUAUUUAGAUGGACAGAUUUGAUUUGAUUUUAAAAUAAUACAAUUCCAACCAUACAAGUGGAUACAGUGCUUUCAAAAUAACCGAGAAUAACAGAAAAAAAGGUUUACUUAAAUAAUUUCAAUUGUGGUCCUCUAUUGCCCAGAAACACAUUAUACAUGCACUAAAACCUCUCCUCUCACGUUGUCCUCCUACAUAGUUGACGUUAACUUGGACCCUAUGACCAACCACCCGUGGCUGCUGCUCUCAGACGACCAUAAGAAGGUCCAGGAGGCUCACUGCACGACAGAGGUGGACUUCAGCACGCAGCGCUAUGACGGCUGGCCCUGCGUCCUGGGCUGGGAGGGCAUGUCCUCUGGACGUCACUACUGGGAGGUCACCCUGGCCAACAACGGAUACUGGAGAGUCGGUCUGACCACCGCCACGUCCAAACGCCACGGUCGCUUCCCUAUGACCCCCGCCGAAGGCUACUGGGCCCUGUGGCGCAGCACGAGGCAGUUAUAUGCCUGCACCAAGCCAGAGACCUCCCUGCCCCUGGAGAUGCUGCCCCGCAAUGUGGGCAUCUAUCUGGACUUCGAGGAGGGUCAGAUCUCCUUCUACAACGCGGAGACCCGGGCGCACAUCUAUACAUUCACCGAUAACUUCAAGGAGAAGCUGUAUCCACUAUUUGCUCCGCUGGAUGGACGCACCCUCAUCACCAUCUCAUCGCCGAAGUAUGUCAGAGAUGUAGACUAGGCACCCCCUACCUAAUCUCAGAACCCCAAACUCGUGUGUCUGUCAGAAGAGCCUCUACCCAUCAUAGGGGCGGUUCCUGCUAGUCCUGGACUGAAAAACUAACUCAAUGGAGAUUCUCAGGAUUAGCCUUAAUCAGUGUGAGUGAAACCACCCUAUGGUUUACAGCAACAACAGAUAACCUUGAUCCUGGAACCGUGACCUCAAAAUAUCUGUUAAGAGCCCUCCUAUUGCCUCCAUGGAUGAUGUAUCUAGUAUCUAUGAAUUAUCUAUUUAGUGUCUAGUAUCUAUGAAGUAUCUAUUUAGUAUCUAUGUAGUAUCUCUGAAGUAUAUAUUUAGUAUCUAUACUGAACAAAAAUAAACGC